AUGGGUCUAUCUGACUUCAAAGAUGAAGCACUUGUUGAGGCAAUUUACGUUCCAGAACUUGAAAAUUAUUUCAAGGAAACCCUAGCCGCAAAACAAGUGCGGGCAUUGGAUUAUCAGAUACAGGCUCAUCCUAGUUUGAUGACACACAUCGUGUGUGGCGACCACUUCAUGUACCGGUCGGACGAAUUUCUCACCCUCAACUCGGUACAAGCAGGUAUCAAUGGAAGGGUAAUUGUUCCAUCUCGAAGCUACUUCAAGCCUUCGGCCUCGCGCCCUUUAGAUGGAGCUAGAAUCAGCGUCAAGGAUAAUACUGACGUUGCCGGUCACAAAACUACGCUGUGCAAUCGCGCAUGGGAAGAUUUGUAUGAGCCACCUUCCAAGAAUGCCGCAUGUGUUCAGACUCUCAUCGAUGCGGGCGCCAUAAUUGUCGGCAAGGUCAAACUACAAGCCAUGAUUAUGAGGGAAGAGCCCCUAGAGUCAGUUUGCAGCAAUGGAAGCUUGAUCUUACCUGAUGGACCAGAGCAUGACGACAUUGCAAAGUAUCUGGAGCUGGCCGGAGGAUGCCCCUACUAUCGAGGCUCAUACCUAGACUUGGAAAACUUUCGAGCAGGCUACCAAGCAAAGUAUAAGAAGCCACCAUUCGUCCAUCGAGCCUUGCAUUGGCAGUGGGAGGUGUCAAGAAAAAUUUCGCAGGAAGAGAGGGUGUAG